AUGUCCCGUGAUGGCACCCGCGUAGCCGUCGGAGCGCGUUACGACGACGGCGGCGCCACAGACGCGGGGCAAGUGAAAGUGUACCAACUUGGUCUCGGCGUUACUCCCUGGUGGCAAGUGCUCUCGGGGAUCGACGGCCUCGGAUCGAACGACCAAUCCGGAACCUCGGUGUCUAUGUCGAGCGACGGAUCACGGGUCGCCAUCGGCGCGCCUUUCGCCGUCGGAACCGCCGGCCCGUACUCCGGGGUCACGCGCGUGCAUUAUUUACAGACCGCGUGCGCCGCGAACGAACGCGUCCAAUCCAACGCGUGCGUCGCGUGCCCGGCAGGGUCAACGAACGCCGCGGGGGACGACCCGUCGGGCGUGGACACGUCGUGCGAGUGCGCCGCGAACGAACGCGUCCAAUCCAACGCGUGCGUCGCGUGCCCGGCAGGGACGACCAACGCCGCCGGGGACGACCCGUCCGGUGGCGACACGACCUGCGACGUCACGACCUGCGCCGUGAAUCAGUACGUCGCUUCGAACGUCUGCACCGCGUGCCCGGGCGGCUCCACGAACGCCGCGGGAGACGCCGCGUCCGGCGCCGACACGACGUGCGCGUGCGCGGUGAACCAGUACGUAUCUUCGAACGUCUGCACCGCGUGCCCGGCGGGGAAGACGAACGGCGCGGGCGGGGACGCGGUGCCGGGGCCGGACACGCCGAACUCGUGCGUCGCGACGCUCUGCGCUACGAAUCAGCACGUCGUGUCGAACGUGUGCACCGCGUGCUCGGGCGGCCUCCAGAACUACGCGGGAGACGACGCGUCCGGGGGGAACACGCUCUGCGACGGGAACUUUUGCCCUUCGAAUUUCAGGGUGAAUAACGGCGGCAGUUGCGUUCAGUGUCCCUCUGGCACGACGAACGCCGCCGGCGAUGACCCGACGGGAAGCGAGACCCAGUGCGACGCGACGAUUUGCCCCGCGAAUCAGUACGUCGUCUCGAACGCGUGCACGGGUUGUCCCGUGGGAACGACGAACGCCGCGGGCGACGACGCGUCUGGUUCGAACACGGCGUGCGAUUCCGCCGCGCCGGCGAACCCGCCGCCGUCGUCGAAUCCACCCGGAGGAGGCGAUGAAAGCGGCGGAGGAGGCGGAGGAGGCGGCGGCGGUGGCGGCGGUGGAAUGGGUAUAAUACUCUACGUCGUCGGCGGGCUGGGUAUAACGAUCCCGGUCGUCAUAUGCAUGAUCCUCGCGAUCUGGUACAAGCCCGCGCUUCGCCGAAUGCUGCUCAAGUGCGGGUGCGUGUGGUUCGCGAACUGUCUCGUCCCCGAGCUCGAAACUCGCGUGGACGACAUCGAAAAUUACAUGGCGAAGCAGAAGCUCCCGCGUCUCCGCGACUUCACCCCGGAGAUCGACCCCUCCGAGGUCGACCUCGACCGCGAUGACGUCCUCGGCACGGGCGGGUACGGAACCGUGUACUUGGCGAGGUACGCCGGUGAAAAAGUCGCCGUCAAGGCGAUGUUCGAGGGAGAUUCGAACCGAGUCCCGACGUACGCGGCGAAGCUCAUGCGGAACGAAGCGAUGAUCAUGUGCAGCCUGAACCACCCGAACAUCCUCCGCGUAUUCGGCGUCGUCACGAAGUUAGGGUACAUCGUCAUGGAGCUGUGCCCGGGCGGCGCGCUCGACGAGUACCUGUACGACCCCGAUAACGUCCUCGACGCGCGCGACAAGGCGCGGCUCGCGACGGAGACCGCGACCGGGAUGGCGUACCUGCACAUGCGCGAGGUGGACAUCGUGCACGGGGACAUGAAAGCCGGGAACGUGCUUCUGGCCGCGGAUAACUCCGUCCGGAUUUGCGACUUUGGGAUGUCGGACGCGAAGAACCGUUCGAAGACGAUGACGUCCGCGGUGGCCGCGGGCGGUCGAUCGGUCGCGCUCACAGUCGCGUGGAGCGCCCCGGAGCUCUUCAAGGGCAAGAAUAAGACGUCCUCGAGCGACAUGUACGCGCUGGGGCUGACGAUCUGGCAGAUUUACGAGCGCGCGCAGCCGUUCGGGUCCAUGCCCGAGGCGGCGAUCGUCUCGCAGGUCAUCGGCGGCACGCGUCCGGAUUAUUCGCAGACGCCGCCGCCGGUGAAGAAGAUCAUCAACCUGUGCUGGUCGAAAGAGGCGAAGGACCGCCCUCCCGCGGAUAAGGUCGCGUGCGCGUUUAACCAGCUGUACGAGAGCAUUUCGCGCUCGAAGUCGUACUCCGGGAGGGUGCACCCGGCGCCGAAUUUCAACGAGGAGUUGAACGCGAUGAACGAACGGCAAUCGGAGAUCGACUCGCAACACGAGCGGAGCAAGGCGAAGUUCAUGCGAAAGGUCUCCAUGGCGAAGAUGACCGGCAGGGGGAAAAGUAAAGUCCACGCGGAGACGAGAUCGGACGCGGACUCCGCGCAGGCGGCGGAGGGCAUCGUCGCCGCGCCCGGCGACUCCGCGGAGCUCGGGGCGAUUCUCGAGGCGGAGACGGAGGACGCGCCGCCGGCGGAUGCCGUGAUCGACAUGACCGCGUUCACGGUGCACGAACCCGCGUCGCCGCUGUUCGAAGACGAGGACGCGGAGGUAGCGCCGCCGCCGCCGCAGCCGCCGGUUGAGCCGGAGGCGCCGGCUCCUCCUCCGGUCGAGGAAGACGCGCCCGUGCCGCCGCCGCCGGACGACGACGACGCGCCGCCGCCGCCGUCUCCGGGUGAUUAG